CUGGGAGUAUCUCUGUCUGCACACAACCUGACAAAAAUCUCAGAUCAUCUGUCCCCCCAACUUCAUCCAACUCGCUCAGCUCCCGAUCCAGCCACUCAGAGUUCAUUAUGGAGGGUCGUUGUCAAUGUGGAGCCAUCCGAUUUACGACACCACUUCCAGCACCUUACAAGAUAUACGCCUGCCACUGUACAGAAUGCCGUCAUCAGUCUUCAUCUUACUGUGGCAUAACAACCGUCUUUCCAUGGUUUGAAAUACCAGUGGUCCAUCCAGAUGGCACUGCGAGAAUCGGCACUUAUACUCGGCGAACCUCGAAAGGUAGAGAGCUGGAAUGUUUAUUCUGCUUGUCAUGUGGAUCACGACUCAUGCAUCGCACUCAUGGAGACGAAACAGUGAGCGUGAAAGGUGGCUGUCUGGAGGCUCUGACGCGGGAAAUGAUGUCGAAAGCUGCGCACAUUUGGUGUAAGGAAGCAGUGAUGGAGGUACCACCCGGCGCAGAAUGCUGGCAGGAGGACCCGGAAGAUUAGCUGUCUCCA